GUCUGAGAGCAGUUGAUCUCUGUGACAAGAUCUCUGAACUUCAGCUGCUCAUCAGAUAUGCAAGAUGAGAAGAUUACUUGGAAUACUUGUACUUUUGAAAUAUUGCAUUUGCGGUGAUGUGGUGAACUUUGAUUCAGACAUCAAGGACUUUGUAGUUGGUAAAGGUAAGUUAUUUGUUCUUACUGACCAUCGACUACAUCAGAUGAGCCACGAUCUUUCUGAGGAGAAGAGGAAAAUAAUCACUGAUGCCACUGAACACAACAGAGUCAACAUUCUGGUGCCUUUUGACGCCAACAGCACCCUGAUAACGUGCGGGACUUUAAAAGAUGGAUAUUGUGAAGUUCUUGAUAUAAAUGACAUUACAAACAGCAUUUACUAUGAAAGCAAUAUAUUGGCAGGACCGCGACAGGAUGAGAAAUCUGUUGCCUUCAUAGCCGGUACAGGUAGCAGUAGGUACCUUUUGGUUGGGAAAAAAUACGACGAUGCAAAUGCUCAAGCUACCAGGUUUUCUGUUGUUACCUUGUGGAACACUUUACAGUCUCAAGCAGGUGGGAUUUUCUCAAAAAUAGCAGAAGGAUCAGAUGCCAUCAUUCAGAGCACAGUGAGAGAUGUGGAGUUUGUUGGCGGAUUCCAGAGAGUUUCGCCCUCAGAAUCCUACUUAUUUCUCAACGCAAAGUCUGGCUCAGAGAGGAAAGUGCUCGUCCUGUGGAUGAACAGCUCUAAAGGAAAAAAGAGAGACAUCAUCAAAUCCCUACAGGCUGCAACGAUACGAUGCUGCAGUGAUAAAGCUCGUCCAGUGCUCGUCGCCUGCACUGUUAUUCCCUCAGUGAACAGCGUUAUUUGGGCAGGUGUGUUCAGUGCGCAGAAUCAGCAGGAUCCGGAGAACAGCGCGCUGGCUCUGUACGACAUCAGCAGCAUUCAAGGCCGAGUGAAGGGCUUCUGCGCUUCUGGUGAAAACCCAUGUGGUUCUGAGAGUGAUACUGAACUUCAGCCGCUCUCUGUGGUGUUCAAGCACAGCUCAAUGUCAGCAGUGGCAGCAGUUAGAAGUGGAUCCUGGAUUGUGCUGUUCAUAGGAACCAGUGAUGGUCAACUCAUAAAGCUUGUGCUGGAUGAGAAAUUCACUCCAGGAUGUCCAAUAGUGCUAUUUAAAUCUGAUGAUGAACGAGCAGUGCUUCCCAGAAUGCACUUUGAUCCAGUAGAUUUCAAACAUAUCUACAUCGCUCUGAGGAAACAGUUAAGAAGAGAGUCCGUUGUUCAGUGUGCUAAAUACAGCACUCUGAUAGACUGCAGAGCUGCUCUGGAUCCUCUCUGCGGCUGGUGUGUGAACACACACAGAUGUUCUACUCAAGAUGAGUGCUCGAAUACUUCAUGGGUGUCCAUCCCAAAAAACUCUCUCCAGACGCGGCUGUUUUCUUUUCAGAUGGCAGAGAAUUCUUCUAGAAAGAUUACUCUACAUCUUUCCUUGAGUCUGGAGAGCACAGGAAAUCCUGCCUUCUCAUGUACUUUCACUAAAGGAAGUGUAAACCUGUGUAAUGGGUCUGAUCCGCCUGCAGUUUUCCCAAAUUGCUCCUGUAGUUUUUCUGACCAGCUACAAUAUACUGGAGGUUUAAGAGUCUCUGCUACUGUUACUAUUGAAGAUCAGAAGAUCACAGAGAUGCUGACACUGACAAACUGCUCCACUAUCACUGAAAAUUCACCAAAUGUUUCUUAUACACGGUGUGUGCAGUGUGUCUCAGCUGGGUGUCACUGGCCCUCUUCCUCCAAACGUUGUGAAUGGACAGAUGGAAGUGGGCUGCAGUUACACAUACAGGAUGCAUGUAAAUAUCUACUGUCUGAGAUGGUCUACAAUAAGCCGGAGAUUCUGUCUCUGGAGCCGAACAAAGUUUCUUUCCAUGGCAGAAACAAUGUUUUACUAAGAGGAAGGAACCUGGAAUCUGUCACUAAAAUCCGUAUUCAAGGGUAUCUGGACUGCAUUCCUAAAGAAUCUCCAGUGUUUGAUCGCUCCAGUGACACUCUAAGGUUCCACAUUCCUCCCAGUGAAACUAAAGGAACAGUGAAAGUGUGUGUUGUUACUCCUGACGACCGUUGUCAUGGUAACAGCAUCAUCACUUACAGUUCUCAGCCCAGCUGCACUGGAAUACAGCCCACGGUCAGCUGGAGCAGUGGUGGAAGGAAGAUUCAUGUUCAGGGGAGCAAUAUGGAAUUUGUGGAAUCAGUUACUGUCUUGCCCUCUAAUGAAGUGCGGAAAACACAAUACAACACAAGCUCAGAGGAUGUGUGGUUUGAGUCCCCCCACUCUGAUGGCAGUGAUCAGUUUAGCUUGUUGUUGAAUGUUGGGAACUCCACUGUGGACUGUGUGUAUUAUUUCUCCUUCAAGCCUGAUCCAGAAUUCACUGGAUUCACCACCGUACAGGUGGCCUAUGAUCUACAGGUGAACAUUAAGAAAAAGGCAGAUAUGUUGAAUUUGAGUAUGAGUGAGGUGACUGUGACGGGUCUACAGGGAGAUCAGGAGUAUCCGUGUGUUUUGGAGAAGAUUGAGUCCAAUGCCGUCAUCUGUAAGAUUAAAGGAGAAUCAGGAGUGGACUCACUCACUAUAAAAAUUGGUUUUUUUUCUAAAAACCUUGAGUCUCAAAGUGGUAUAAUAUAUUUACCCAUCUUUGCCGCAUUGAUUCUGCUUAUAAUUCUGGGUGCUGUUGUUGGAGUCAUUGUUCACCGUAAGAGCCAGAGACAAAUGAAUGAGAGAAUGAACAAGCAACUGGAAAUGCUGGAAAGCAACAUCAGAAGGGAUAUACGCCAAGGCUUUGUUGACUUGCAAACAGAAAAAUCUGAUUUAAUCGAUAAUGUUGGAGCCAUACCUUUCUUGGACUACAAGCACUUUGCCUCAAAAAUCUUCUUUCCUGAGGCUGGCCCUCUGGCACCAGUCAUGAUCAGAGACAUUGGGCAGGACUCUGAGCAGACAACUGUUGAUGAGAAAUGUCAGGCUUUUGCUGUACUGAUCAGAGAUAAGCAGUUUCUCAGCUGUUUUGUGCAUGCAUUAGAAGAACAGAAAAACUUCAGCAUAAAAGACAAAUGUACAGUGGCUUCUCUGUUGACUCUGGCCCUCCAUGGAGACCUGCUUUAUCUCACAGAGGUAAUGGAGGACCUUCUGCAGAGUCUGAUGGACCAGUCCAGCAAUGCAAAUCCCAAACUUCUCCUGCGCCGCACAGAGUCCAUAGUGGAGAAGCUUCUUACCAACUGGAUGUCCAUCUGUCUGUACGGCUUCCUCAGGGAAUCAGUAGGACAGCCUCUCUUCCUGUUGGUGUCAGCUCUGACUCAGCAAAUCUCUAAAGGGCCGGUGGAUUCGGUGACAGAGAAAGCUCUGUACACUCUUAGCGAGGACUGGCUUCUCUGCCAAGCCCAGGACUUUGAGGCCUUGAAACUGAAGGUGGUGUUUGCUGUGGGGACUGGAGGAGAGGUCAGUGAACCCUUAGAGGUCAACGCACUGACAUGUGACACAAUACAACAGGUCAAGGAGAAAAUCUUACAGACCUUUCAGCGCAAAUUUGGAUUCCCCUUCCAGCAGAUCAGGGAUAUAGAAAUCGAAUAUGAAAAGGAAGGAAAGUUUGUCAUGCUACAGGAAGUCGAUGAAACCUCAGAGAUUCGGGGACAUGUUACCAUGUUGAACACUCUAAAACAUUAUCAGGUUGGAGAUGAAGCAUGCAUUAAAGUUAUCACAACAAAAGUACAUGCACCAUUGAGAUCUCAGAGCAGUGUAAAGGAUGAUGAGAACUUCGCUGUCAAGUACUUCCAUCUGGUUGAUCCAGAUAUUGACACAGACCUGAGCAAACAUCCAGAGAAAAAAGCACUAAAAUUCAAAGAGAUGUACCUCACCAAGCUGCUCUCCACCAAGGUGGCAGUCCAUUCUUUUGUGGAGAAUCUGUUUAGAAGUAUCUGGGGAUUGCCUAACAGCAAGGCCCCAUUGGCUGUCAAGUACUUUUUCGACUUCCUGGAUGCACAAGCAGAGAGAAAAAAAAUCUCAGAUCCAGAUGUUCUUCACAUCUGGAAAACAAACAGCCUUCCACUUCGUUUCUGGGUGAACAUCCUGAAGAACCCUGACUUUGUGUUCAGUGACCUGGAGAAGACGCCUCACCUGGACGGCUGUCUGUCCGUCAUCGCUCAGGCCUUUAUGGACUCCUUCUCCCUAGCUGAGCAACACCUGGACAAGCAUUCACCAACCAAUAAGCUACUCUACGCCAAAGACAUCCCUCAGUACAAACAGGAAGUGAAGUCGUACUACAAGUUAGUAAAGGACCAGACUUCUAUUAGCAGCCAAGAGUUUAAAAUAUUUCUUCAAGAGGAGUCAAAGAAACAUCAAAAUGAGUUCAAUGAAUCUGCGGCUCUGCGUGAACUCUGCAAAUACAUGCUCCUCUACUUCAGUGAGGUUUCUCAGAAGCUGGAACAGACAGAUGCCCCCGCUAGGCUGAAAGAGGACAUGCAAAAUGUGAAGGAGCUUUUUGAAAGCAUGAAACGAAGUGGUUGGUGUUGAAAUUCCUGGUCUUGUUAUUCAAAAGGGUAUUCACACUGCAUUUGGAUUAUUUUAAGCUGGUCAUUAAACUAGACACAUCUCCCUCAUAAUAACUGUCAUAAUCAUCAGCCAUAUAUUAGAGAAGAUUCACUUCUGUUUGUUGGAUACUGUAGAGACCAAGUGAAUGUAAUGUAUAUUGAUGAAUUUUCGAGUUUGAGAGGCGCUCAUUGUUGAGCUUAUAUUGGACUAACACUGAGCUGCCUAUACAGUGCAUCUCAAACCCAUGACUUUGCUAUGCACUGCAAUGCAAAACUUGAUUCAUAUGGUUUAAUUUGAUUUCUAAUCAUAUAUUAUUUUACUACAGUUUCCCUGUAAUGCAUUAAUCUGCCAGGCCAAGCAUUGUAUGUUUCUCCUUUUUGAAAUCUUUUGAAAAUGGACUAAAUGAAUUAUUUUUGUAAUUUGCAUAGUUAUUCAACUGUCCUCGUCUGCACUAUACUAAUAUAAUGUGUCUAGUUUUAUGUAAAGAGGAGUCUGUGUUACUAACACUUAGUAACACAAACUCCUCUUCACAUAAAACUAGACACAUUAUAUUAGUAUAUAAUGUAUUAGUUCCUUUGUCGCCCUCUAUUGGUUAUGAUAGUUAUUACUUAUAAUAUGAUAGCUUGCAUUAAACGAUUUCUAGACCAGUUAGAGACAGUAAGGCCUUUUUUUUAGGACUGUAAAGAUGUAUUAAUUAAUGACAUUAUCCAUAAGGACUAACAUUCAGAACGAUAUAACCAAACAAAAAAUGAUGGGUGAAAUUGCCAGUAUAUUUUUAAAUGUUAAGGGAAAUAAUUGAAGGUAUUUAGAAAGAGUAUAAUU